AUCAUCUAGUUAAAACGUAAGUGAAGGCCAUAAGACGAUAGCUCUAUUAUUCAUAUGAUUAUUUCCCUAAAUCCUGUUUAUUAACCCUCAACAAAUAUAAUUGCUAUUUGUGCUAUGGAAACAACAAAUGCCCCCGGACCAUCUAAAAGUGGGAAAGAUGGAGAAGAAAAAGAAGAGAACCCACUUUUUGAGUGCAACAUAUGCCUUGACACAGCCAAAGAUGCAGUUGUCAGUAUGUGUGGUCACCUAUUUUGUUGGCCUUGUCUACACCAGUGGCUAGAGACCCGACCCACAAGGCAGUUGUGUCCGGUUUGUAAGGCUGCAAUAGGAAAAGAUAAAGUUAUUCCAUUAUAUGGUCGCGGGAGUAACCAACAGGAAGAUCCAAGAAAUAAAGUUCCACCGAGGCCAGCAGGACAAAGAAGUGAACCUGAAACCAAUAGUGGUUUUCCUGGUUUCGGUUUCGGAGAUGGAGGUUUUCAUAUGUCCUUCGGUAUCGGUGCUUUUCCUUUUGGAUUUAUCACUUCAACAUUUAAUCCACAUGAUCAAAGACCUUCACAAGCUGCUCGAGGAUUGCCGAAUGAAGAUGAAUUCAUUUCGAAAAUGUUUCUAUAUGUUGCUAUAACAUUUAUAAUUUGGCUGUUACUAGCAUAGCCAUCUGAAACAUUCCAAGAGACACAUGAAUAAUUAUUAUAUUAUGUGGAAUUAAAAAAAGGUUUUUGAACAAGAGGCUAUAACAUGAAACAAUGUAAUACAUUUAUUUAAUUUUACAAUAAUUCUUUAAUGUACAACUUAAGAAAAAAAAAGAAAGGCUAUUCCAUAUUUUACUUGUCAUACACCAACCUAUAAUAAAAGAGAUCGGUCUGGUUAAUAAGGGAAAAUAUAUAUUAACUUUAAAAUGUUCCAUAUAUGUGUAUGUAAUGUUAAGAAAUAUAUAAAACUUAGAAUCGUAAAUAAGUUGAAAUGAUGAUAUUUGUUGUGUAAGUUUAUGUAUGUUAUGUAAAUGUAAGUUACUGUAAGCAGUAAAUUUAAGGUGAUUUAUAAGUGUAAUUUAUGUAUAUAAUUUUAUUGAAUGUUAAUAAAUGUAUAAAAUAAUAUAAACGUUACCGAAAUAAAGUUAACUCC